UCAAUCUGCCGUUCAUCCAAACCCUUUCCCCCAACAUUCGGUCUCACUUUUGUUCUCUUUCCUGUCACUUUGACCUCUCCUUCUCUCUUCCCUUCUCAUGUCUACUUCAGCCAAGAGACGAGCUGAAGAAGAAGAGGAAGUUCCGGUCAUCCAUGAAGAGGACGCUCCUGUUCCUAGUGCAGGGGGAACUGCGCCAGCACAAGGAGGUCCCAGAAAGCGAGGGCGACCGCCGGGCUCAAAGAACAAGAAAACGCUUGCGGCUGAAGCCGCGGCGGCAGCUGCUGCUCGAGUAGAGCUCGCUGCUGAACCGUCUUCUCCUGAGUCCAGCAAGCGGCUGACGAGAUCUUUCGAACCCGGUGGACCCUUUACGGAAGAAUCUACGGCAGAAUCUCCUCGAAAGCGUGGCCGCCCGACAAAGAAGACUAAAGUUGAAACGACAGAGGAGGAAAUAGAGGAAACAACAAAGGAUGAUGAAUAGAUGAAAUCAAUUUAGAUCACUGGGACAUGCAGGUGGGCGGGAUCUUGUCCCUCAAAGGAGGGAAGACGCACCGUC